CUUCCUCGUUGCUGCUGAGAAUCAUCUCAGAAACAUCGAUCGACAUUUGUAGAUCAGUCAAAGCGGGUGAUCUGUAAAUAAUAUUUUACAGAUGAGUGAGGAGGGGCGCGACUGCACAGACUGACCCCCAUGUGCCCUCCGUGGAGAUGCAAGACUCGCGUGAACCGUUUCCCUCGACGUAAUCACGUCAUCCCGGUAGGUGGCAGCCUGUCCAAGUGAAUAUAAUCAAAUGAAACGAUCCGAAAUUCGGAUGGUUCUGCCGGCCACCAGAAACACUGUACACCUGGUGGAUGUGAUCAGGCGGGUACGUUGUGUUACUUUGUAGUUUUUAUUUUAAGUCGUGACUGAAUCUACAAAAGGAUAAAUAUCCGGUUUAUUUCUGAAUUACUGUGUUGUCACCGGAUGAUCACUUGGGUAGUUUCAGCCUCAAUUAAAGGGCGUCGUUAGAGCAGUUUGUGGAGGGGGACCCGCGUCUUAACAGGCAUACUGCAACGCCGUGACGCAAUUCAUACUCUCCUGCUGCAACACGGUGAAAUAUGAAUCACCAGAGCGCCGACGGUGGGAUCUUUGGGCGUAAAUAUCAUUUUAAAUGGUGAGGAGGGGGUGUGGCGCGGACCGUCUCCCAUUCACCAAAACAAUACACGCCCAGAGAGCUCGUGCAGUCGGGGCGUAAAAAAAGCCGUGCCGGGGAUCUGGUCACUGUGUCUGCUCUCGGACUCUCGCUGGGUGCACAGACCAGACACCCCGCCAAGCAGCCAAGCAGUCAGCCAGCCAGCCAGCCAGCCCCUCGGCGGCAGCCGGACGUACCUCCGACCCUCUGCAGGCUCCGGGCUGCGAAUUAAACACGCCCCGAGCAGGGAUCGCAUCACGCAGAUUCAAAGCUUGGAUGCAAAACGAGCUAAGGUAAGAUUAAAGGCCUGUAGCAUCACAGCCGGCACGACGGUGAUCACUCCUGACUUUCACCUGUGUGUCACCUGAUUACACCAACCUGUUAUUCCGGGGAGAGACCGCUGCAGACCUUGGCAACACUCAGACCAUUUAGGGGGAGCUUCUGCCUGGUGUCCUCAUGUGAACUGGUUUCUCAAAGAGCUGUAAGGUGGCUUAUAAUACGGGGAUGUUAGCACCAUGAUCCAUGGCUGUGGUGUGUUCAGUGUGACAGUGCAGAUUGUGUUGCAAGAGGAGAUUGAAUGCCUCUAAAAUCUCAAGGCCGUGAGCCCCGUGCAGGGUGGUGAUGAGCAGUCAGGGCAGCAGCAGGGGAAGUGGGCAGCAUGCUGACUCUCGUACCCCUCGCCAUACCUCCGGACCCAAACUGCAGGUGCAGCGCUCCCUCUCUCGUGAUACCAUCACCAUCCACUUCUCUGCUCUGGGGAAGGAGGAAGAUGACGAGGAAGAGGAGCUCUACGGGGUGCCUGUUGGGUCUGCAGGGGGGCUUAAAAGUCUAGAAGCUUCAGCGGAUGAUGACUUGUCUGUGGCUACUGGCUUGGAGGCAAAAGAGGAGCUCCUGUUUGAAUCUGCUGGUGUGGAGACCGCUUCAGGAGCUGCUGUGCUCCCCGUUUCUUCCGCUACCCUGUCUGUGAAGCCCUCAGACCCUCAACCACAUACACCCUCUCCAGCCAUGACUAUUAUCCCCACCUCCAACCUCUCCCACCUGAGUUCCAGCCCCCCUGUCAGCUCUUCCUGGCCCUCUGAACGACCCUCAGCCGGUCCCCCAUCCACGAGCUUCAGUUCCUCCUCCCCUUGCAAGUCUGCAGCGCUGCCCUCUUCUAAACCUUUCCUCAGCCUGGUCAGGUCCUUGUCCAAUGACGUUGAAUCUCGAGAAACCACUCCUGCGCCUACCACUGUUGCACCAUCACACACACGCCACCGUCACUUAAUGAAAUCUUUUGUUAAGUCUCUUUCCACGGACACUUCAAAGACUGAACAUCAGGAAGGCCCUCUGCAUCACUAUCUUCAUCACCCUCCACAUCAGCAGCAAGUGCAGCCAUCCCAGCGGCCUCCACCUCGCAACAUGCAGCUCUUCAAACAGUUCUCCCAGCCUCGUUUGUCCUCCUGCCCCGUCACUGUCACUCAUGCAGGUGGAGACUCCAAAACAGCCCCCUCUUCCCCCAUCAUGUCCCCAGAUGGUAGGUCUUUCUUCAAGGUUCAAGAGGUGGAGGCUAGGAUAGAAGACACUAAGCGGCGGCUUUCAGAGGUGAUGUCAGACCCCCUGCAGCUUUUUAGUAAGAUCAUGGGGGAUGAGUCUGGCGUGGGAGCCACUGGAAGUGCCACUCAUCGUGCCAAAUCGCUGUCCUCCAGUGCAUCAGAGCUCAGUGGUGUAACAGCAGUAAAUGGACAUGCAGAAAGUAACAAUAACUAUAGUAUCAAGGAAGAGGAAGGGCCAGAAGGGGAGGAAGAGGAAGAAACCCCCACAGGCAAGGGCCCUGACUCUGUUUUUUUCUCUUUCCCAUCACUGGCCCCAGCCACAGCUGUCACCCAGGCCUCCUCUUCCACUUUCCCCAAGUCUCCUUCUCUCACUCUGGGCCGCUGCUCCAUGUCAGCCCUGGUCGCUCGACAGGAAGACGAGGACUUUUGUGAACUGUACAGUGAAGACUUUGAGUUGUGUACAGAUACAGAGACACCUGAUGGGGAUCAUCCCGGGUCCCGUCAGCCCCAUACUGGUAGUACUGGGUUGUGUAGUGAACUUGACACAGAGGAGGAGGAGAAAGAAGAGGAGGAGUUGCAGACUGUGCCUGUGACUGGCCUAAUCUUCCUAAGUCAGUUGGUGUAUUGGUAUUUAGUCCUUCCAGUGCCACCGUAUGUGUGUUCUGUGGUGCACGGGAUUGUAGCUGGGUUCAUGCUGGCCUUGCUGGUACUUUGGCUGUCCUCUCCCCAACGUUCCACAUUAGGGACAAGCAGAGGGAGGCGAAGAAUAGAGCCCUGGAAUGUGGCCCAGCUGGAUAUCAAAGAGCCAGGAAUCUUCAAGGGCUGGAUGAAUGAGAUCCACAGCUACGACCCGGAGAUGUACCACGCCACCCUGACCCACUCUGUUUACGUUCGUCUGGAAGGCUCCGUCCUGCGUCUGUCCAAACCCAACCGCAACAUCUCCCGCCGUGCCACACACAACGAGCCUAAACCUGACGUCACCUUCAUCAGCCAGAAGAUCUAUGACCUCACCGAUAGCAAGAUCCAGCUGGUGCCCCAAAGCUUGGCUAGGAAGAGAGUCUGGAACAAGAAGUACCCCAUUUGUAUUGAGCUGGCCAAGCAGGAGGACUUCAUGUCAAAGGCCCAGGGAGAGAAGCCCGAAGGUGGGGAGGACAAAUUAACAGGGCUGGGGGAGAAGCUAGAAAGAACGGACAAAUGCGAAAAAGGUGAGGUAUCAGGAUCAUCAGAGGAACCCAAAAGACCGAGUUCUGGAGGGGGGGACCUGACAAUCUACCUGUUUGGGAGGACGGGUCGAGAAAAGGAAGAGUGGUUCCGGAGAUUUCUUUUGGCUUCCCGAGUGAAGUCAGAGGGGAGAGGUGGCAGUCUGUCUGGCAUCUGCAAGAGUGCCUUUUUGCCCUCCCAUAGCCGCAGUAGCAGCACCCAGUCUGGUGGAGGCCUGGAGGCUGACAGCAGGAGCAGCAGCAGGGGAAGCCUGGAGGAGCUGUCUCAAUCUCGCCAGAGAGAGACCUCCUCUGCCCUCUCCUGUGGCUCUACUGGAGGGAUGAAGCAAAAGAUGUUAUUGGACUAUAACGUCUACAUGGCCAAAUAUGUCAACACCCAGGCACCACCAAGAAGCCCAGCUGCCAGUGACAGCCCUGGGCACAGCCCCGAGAGCAGCCCUAAAACUACCAAAAAGAUACGCAGGAGUUCAGAGGAGACUGUGGAGCCUGAGGCCUGGGUCAAUGCUUUUCUGGGAAGGAUAUUCUGGGACUUCUUGGGAGAAAAGUACUGGGCUAAUGUCGUCUCCAAAAAGAUCCAAAUGAAGCUCAGUAAGAUCAGGCUACCAUAUGUCAUGAAUGAGCUGACUUUGACAGAGCUAGACAUGGGCUUUUCCAUUCCUAAGAUCCUCCAUGCCUCCGCACCCUCUGUAGACCACCAAGGUCUGUGGUUUGAUCUGGAGAUCUCUUACACGGGUUCCUUCCUCAUGACGCUAGAGACCAAGAUGAACCUGGCCCGUCUGGGGAAGGAGGGCGAGGGACUCGGGGAACAUGGAAAAGAGUGGCCUAGGCCGCGGACAUACUGCCUGGCAGACAGCGAUGAGGAGUCGUCUAGUGCUGGCUCAUCAGAUGAAGAGGAUCCUCCAGAAAUCCUCAGUGACAAAGCCAUUCUUCCUGGAGGCGAAGGAUAUGUGGGAGGCCACAGGCCCAGCAAGAUCAUGCGCUUUGUGGACAAGAUAGCCAAGUCGAAGUACUUCCAGAAAGCAACGGAGACGGAGUUCAUUAAGAAAAAGAUGGAGGAGGUGUCCAACACACCCUUGUUGCUCACUGUGGAGGUGCAAGAUUGCCGCGGGACGCUGGCUGUCAACAUCCCACCUCCCCCCACGGACAGGAUAUGGUACGGUUUCCGGAGUCCACCUCACCUAGAGCUGAAAGCGCGGCCUAAACUGGGUGAGAGGGAGGUCACUCUAGUUCAUGUGACAGACUGGAUUGAGAAGAAACUGAAUCAGGAGUUCCAGAAAAUAUUUGUGAUGCCAAAUAUGGAUGAUGUUUGGCUGCCCAUAAUGCACUCUGCCAUGGACACGCGUUCAAAUGCCAACUUGGUUACUGUGACAAAUGAUGCCUUGAAGGACCCAGAACCAGAGGAGUCUGAGGUCUCGGACAUGUGAAAACUGCUGUUCAAACAGACGGACAUUUUAUCACCAUGGCGAUAGGACAAGCGCCCGCCCCCCCUCUGACACCCACAGGUACAGAAUUGGGCCAGGCCAACUCUUCCAGUAUUUUUACCCAUGUUUCAGUCCCAUUGUUGCACCAGUCAUGACGUGCACUCACAAAACUGGAAGUGUUGGACAAGCUUGUGAUCAUCUGUGGUAACUACAAGUGGUAAAGAAAAGGAAGAGAACUGCGACUCAUAGAUUGUCAUACAAUCACACCAUUUUAUUUGUGUGAUUAAUUCACUGAUGAAAUACAACACAUGGAGCAUUUCAAGGCUGUUUAACAAGUGUGAGUGGAUCGACUAAUAGCCAUCAGAUUCAACCAGGAGAACCAUUAAACCUGUGAUGUACAGCUGCACCAAACACGCUGAUUGUAGUGUUGUUGUGCGACAUCUCCAAACUGGCGGUUUAUUGUUUGCUAUAACUUCAGAAGGAAUUUGAGGCCACUGAUGAAGAGCGUGUAUGUCUCAGUGAGCAAAUAUUUGAGGGAACGGAGACGAUUUUGCUGAAAAUCCCUGCGUCAGUUAAUACGCAUUUCACAGGGAUAUCAAGACCCAUUUACCGCCCAUCCACACUGCUGCCUGUGCCAGCUGCCUGGCACUUAAAUGCAAACACAUCUAUUGCACUGUGUCCAUCGAAGAUACUGGGUCAGUUUAAAUCCAACAUGGGCUCUGUCAUACUGUACAGUGUGUAUGCUUUUAAUUGUGUGGUAGGUGAAUUAAAACAUAUCUGCAAACACAGCAGCUGAACAUUGCCUAGGUCUGAUGAAUGUAUGCAGCUCCAUGGCUGUGCAAGGAAUAGCUCAUUCAGUGACGACAUGCUUCUUCAGGACACGCUUCAAGACUUCUUUUCAUGUUAUAUACAGAGUUGAGCAAAAGUAAUAAUUUUGUUUCUAUUGCCAAAGCAAUCUUUCACUCCUCCUUGAAGGCUCAUGUAAUGAAUAAAUGGUGACAAAUAAGCUAUUGGUUUUCUUGUGUUCCCAUUGAGGCCACUGAAGUGAUGUAUAGGUGAAGUUUGCAUAUUUGUAGCUGGAAAUAUGUGAGAUAUGGAUGUAAUCUGCAGGGAGUGAUUUUUUUUGGGGAGGGGGUGUUGCUAACAUUAGAGCAACUCCUUUGUGAACAUGGUAACGCGCAGAAUUUUUUGGUGAACGGUGGGAACAUACCCUCUCUUCCUGGUUUAUUUGAAUAAAUAACUGGAUAUUAGCCAUAUUAUUUCAUGUUGCCAGCUGACAUCCAGCUAAUGAAUGCUCUUAUUUGUUGAAUUCUUUAUUGAUUUGCUGUUGUUUCUGUACUGUACACAUUUAAGAGGAAAAAUCACAAUAAACUCAAACAGCAAUUUUGUCAAGUCAACCAGCUGCUUCACAGGCAACUGUUAUUUGACAUGUUUUAUGUUCAUAUGUGUGUUGGCAAAGCGUAUGAGGCAGAAAGUGCCUUUAAAAUAAUCAAACAUUCCUCCACAGUGAGUCACCACAUUUGUUGCAUCAGUUGGAGACUGAAAGAAAAAAUGUCUUUGUGCCAUUACCGUGUCUGUUAAGACAUGCCCCGUCUUCAUUUGGUUUUGGUGUUGUUCAUUUGCACAGUGAUGAAAAUAUGAAACAUUGCUGUUGUGUUCAGUGAUGUCACAGAAUGUUAUGGUUCUGAUCGUUGUGGGAUCAAUAAAACCUUUUGCUUGGAAAGAAUUUCUGCAACUUGGUGGUAUGGUUGUAACAGGAGGAAAAAUUACAGAACAUCAGAUGGUCAUUAGGCAUUCAGAUUUCGGAUUUUAAGACGUUUCUAAGUUGUAUAAAAAUAUUGUUAACAAUAAUCUGAUGAUUAUUUUUAUCAACUGAUAAUUUUGUCUUUAAGAAGGUGAGAAAACUUGGGAAAAUUUCAUUACAUUUUCUCCAGAUGUCUCCAAUGUCUCAUUUUAUCCAUCCAACACUCAGGUGCUCAAGUUACAAGAGGCGCUUUCAAUUUUUUUGUAAGAAAAAAAAAAAGAA